ACGUUGGCGCUUUCCACUCAGGGUGUGCGCGCGCGCACAUAUACUCUCGCUUGCUGUUCCUGUGUUCUGUGCAAAGGGUCGCAAAUACUUCCGUACAUUCUUUCGCCGAUCACGCUUCACGCCAACGUAAGAUCGAUUGUUCCCAUCGUAGGCGUAGGCUGAGUGUUUGUUCGAGUAGAAAAGAGAUCUUUCACUUUCAUCGAGCUAGUUUGUAAACGAUUAAGAAGAGUUUCUGGUGAGCAAGGGUGGGCGAUGCACCCGGUUGGGAUUUCUACGGCAACGUGGUGGUCCACACGGUGCGCUUGGGAAGUGUGAACAGAAACCAGAUUAUUGUAAUUCACACCUGCAACCUGCCACAAAGCGCAUAUCAACCGGCUUCUUUACUGUCGGCAUUAGUAGGGGGGAAAACCCUGCAAUAUCAUUACCUCAACACCAGCAAGAAAAAAACCCUACUAUCCGUGUGUGUGUGUGUUUGUGUAUCUGUGCUUACGUACGUGUGUUUACUAAAUGCUGUCGCGUGUAGAGCAAAUUAAAAACGUCUCACUCACUGUGCACCCGCUGGUGUAGUAAAGAAAAAUGUUGUGUUUGCUACACUAAAUGUUUCAUUGCGCUACCCCCGCAUUGGCAUUGAUCUUGUUGUUAAUGUGUCUAUGUAUAUGUGUGUUUGUGUUUGUUUGUAUGUAUGUGUGUUUAACUGUAUGUGUGCUCAAUGUUUAUGCUCGCUCGCAACGUGUUGUAGUCCAAGUAGCCCUGUUCCCUUCGUAACGUUCGUUAACCUUGAUAAUAGGAGAUCGUUUAAACAAAUAACGAUCGUGUGAUUGUUUCAUCGAAACAGCUCUCCAUCAAUGUCACGAUAGUGUGUGUGUGCUAUGCUUUCAUCACUUUUCCUGUACCAAGAAAAAUACACAUGUGGCUUAUGUGUUGCUCUGUAGUUUUGAAUCGAUUUAUGUUGUAAAAACAACCCUACUGUCCUGUCUCUGUCGGUAGUUGCGUCCGGUCCCGUCCAUAAACCCACUCUGCUUGGACAUCAUUCGGACAUUAACAUUUAUCUGAAAGUGCGCCUGAAUCAUUCAUCUCGUCCCAGCAGAUCGUAGCGUAGUAAGAGGAGGUGCGGCCACCACACUCGACACUGCACCAGUGCGCGGCACAUACCGGCGGCCAGUAAAAACAGCAGCAGCGGCAGCAGCAAACACGCUGCCAAUAAGGAUCAUGACAGUGCGGAAAAAUAAUCUCCUUCGUUCGCCGCCUGCCAGCCGCGCCUGCACGACCAGCACGCGGAAAAAAGCGGAAUAAGAAACCGUGGUCGCACGCGUUAUCUUCUGCUGUUGCCUUUUGCCGCAAGCAAGUGUCCCUGCGACAGAGUGACAGGGAGACGCAGUCGCUUCACUCAACAAGUGUUUCCCGGUUGGGCCGUUUUCGUAAAAAAAGAGCGCGUUGAAGUGUUGUAUGCCGCAGAGCAGUGUGCGUUAUCAAGUGUAUUUGUGUUCAUGUGUGUGUGUAUUUGUGUCCUAGGCUGUGUGUGUAAGCGUGUUAGCCACGAGGAGAAGUAAUUAAAAGAAAAAGAAGAAAUAAAGAAAAGAAAGUUAAAAGAAAGUAAAGCAUCGAUUGCGAUUUUAUCCUUUGACGAGAAAGCGAGGAAGUUCUGUUUGUUGUGAUUGUGUGUGUGUGAGUUUUGGGGUGAUCAAAGCCGUGUUCAGUGUUGUCACUAAGCCUCCCAGCGUUUUAGGGAAAUUUGCUAGUGUAUCAUUGUUUGUGUAUGUUCUGUGAUCUGUGUGUUUAUAUCACACAGUUGCGCGAUUGAUUCCUGGUUUUCGGUUUUUCUCCGACCUCUCCGUGUGUUCGUAAGUGUCGCCGGCAGGAAAGCGACUCCUCCGCGGCGCUUUCCCACCCAUACCGAACCGGCAGCAUCGUGGUAUCUCCUCCACUCGCCCGGGAGGCUACGGUUGGCCCCGGUAUCGCACCGUUACCCGUUACCGCCACGAUGCUGAAUUCGCUCGAGGCGCUCGCGGGCAAGAUUUCGCCCGGCUCGGGCAAGAACUCGCCCUCGAACGGUACGGCCGGCGGCGGUGGCGGCAGCGAGAUGAUCGACAGCAACGGCAACAACAAGCUGCUCGCCGGCUACCAGCUCCGGACCAAGCUGCCCUACCAGAAGCCCGGCCUCAGCAACAACAACAACAACUGUAACGUGGUCAACAAUACGCCGGCCGCGGCCGGUAUCGUACCCGGUGGCGGUGGCCUACCGGUCGGGUUGCUCUGUCCGCAAGCGGUCGCCCUGCUGGGGGUCAGCAGUAUCGCCACCAGCAACACGAACGGCAACGGUGGCAAUGGCGGUACGGCCAACCUCGGUAACCUGAGCGCCACCACUGGAGCAGCGGCAGCGGCAGCGGCAGCAGCAGCCGCCAUCGCCGCAAACAGCCACCGUACGACGAACGGGACCAGCGACGCCAUGAUCGUGGACGACGUGCAGAUGAUGGGCGUAUCGUCGAAGGAAAAUGCCAUGCUGAACAUGAGCAACAGCAGCACCACCGCCGGCAGCAUCAAUGCGAACGUCGUCGUCACCAGCCUGAACCUCGGCAGCCCCGGAAGCAACAACAAUAACAAUCACACGCUGAACAACAACAAUCCGAAGGUGAUCAACAACAACACGGCGACGAUGACGACGGGGACGACCGCCGGCUCGGACGGUACGGCGUCCCCGUGCCACCAGGACAUGCACCUCAACAUGCACCACCAGCCGGGUGACGAGGAGGUGGUCGGGGACCAGCCCGAUCCGGACUAUAUCAAGAUGUUCGUCGGCCAGGUGCCCCGGUCGAUGGACGAGCAGCAGCUGAAGGAGAUGUUCGAGGAGUUCGGGCGGGUCCACCAGAUCAACGUGCUGCGGGACAAAACAUCCGGCCAGAGCAAGGGGUGCUGUUUUGUGACGUUUUACACGCGCAAGGCUGCGCUCAAGGCGCAGGACGCGCUGCACAACAUCAAGACGCUCGUCGGGAUGCACCAUCCGAUCCAGAUGAAGCCGGCUGACAGCGAGAAUCGAAAUGAGCGCAAGCUGUUCGUCGGCAUGCUUAGCAAAAAGUAUAACGAGAACGAUGUUCGACAGCUGUUCUCGGGCCACGGUACGAUCGAGGAGUGUACGGUGCUGCGCGACCCGUCCGGGCAGAGUAAAGGCUGUGCUUUCGUAACAUUCGCAACCAAACAGGCCGCGAUCGGUGCAAUUAAGCAACUACACCAGAGCAAGACGAUGGAGGGCUGCUCGGCACCGCUGGUGGUAAAGUUUGCCGACACGCAGAAGGAAAAGGAUGCCAAACGGAUGCAACAGAUGCAGACGAACCUGUGGGGCAUGACCGGUAUCAAUCAGCCGAUCACGCAAUCGGUAACGCCGCUGACCGCGUCCGCCCAUCCGAACCCACCGCAGCAGCAGACCCCGUUCCUGGCGGCUGAUGCGAUCUCCCCGCCGCUCUCGCUGCUGCAGCAGCUGCAGGCCGUCGCCCAGCAGCAGCAUCUUUUGCAAGGACUUAGUGCUCAGACUGAUACGACCUCCGCCGCCGCCGCAAGCCUUCUCGCGCCGAUCUCGUUGCAGAAUCUGGUGACGCUAGCCGGUAUCACGCAACCGUCGCUGCAAACGGCCGCCGCCGCCGCCGCUCAGACGCCGGCCACAGCCAUCAGCAAUGCAGCGACCUCCUUGUGGACAACCGGUGCUGAUACAGCCACGGGCCUGACUUCGUACGCCGCCUUACCGCAGUUUGGUGCAGCAGCAGCCACUGCAGCCGCAUUCACCCCGACGCCUUUAACCACGCCGACGCUAGCGCAAGCGGUGGCUGCCGCCGCCGGCAAGCAGAUUGAAGGACCGGAAGGUUGCAAUCUGUUCAUCUACCACCUGCCGCAGGAGUUCACCGACACCGAUCUCGCCUCGACCUUCCUGCCGUUCGGCAACGUCGUCUCGGCGAAGGUGUUCAUCGACAAGCAGACGAACCUGUCCAAGUGCUUCGGUUUCGUGUCGUUCGACAACGUGUCGUCGGCCCAGGCCGCGAUCCAGGCGAUGCACGGGUUCCAGAUCGGCACCAAGCGGCUGAAGGUGCAGCUCAAGCGCUCCAAGGACGCCUCCAAACCCUACUAGGAGUUGGGGCAGCUGGCGGCGACAGUGAACGCGCAGCUGCUAAAGUACUGCGCGGCUGCCGUCGCCACCGCUACCGCCACGAUCAUCGCAAGCGCAACAAUCAAUCGGCACGCGGCGGGGACAGCGGCAGCAGCAGCAGCCCCGGCGUCCAUCCGGACGCUGUCGCCUGCCGGUGCCGGCACCAGCAGCAGUAGUAGUAGCCGCUUUGUCACCACAAACAACCUCAAAUUUACUACCACCAGCACCACCACCACUAGCAACAACAGCAGCAACAGGCGGGAUCACUUGUCGUCUGGGGUCACAAGUAAGUCGUGAAGGUGUCACACGAUGGGUGCAUUCUUUGCCCGUUCGCUGCAGGAAAAAAUAUGCCACCCACCACAGUCCUUCAUCAUCCCUGUACGAGCAAUAAAUCGGUGUGUGUGUGUGGACCGCCCCUGUAUCUGUACAGCAAACCGAGCUGUACGAUGCGCCGGUACGGUUCAGUAAGCGGAAAACGGCGGGCAACGUUAACAAGUCAGAAUAAGUUAGCAUAUUAGUUUCGUGCUGAGGAUCAUUCGCUCUAGCUUUGAUUAGGUUUAACGCUAUAAGUUUACACACAUUCACACACACGAUCAAGUACGAUCGAUCGUACAUUUUGCGGUAGCUAAAGCAAAGGUUAGUUUCACAAACAAGUCUGCGCGGUACAAACGCUGAUAGCCAAGCGCUUGCGAUCUUAUUAGCGGCGGUUUAGUGUGAGGUUUUGAACUGAUUUUUCAUGUCAAAUGGCCAUUAUUUUUCAACUUUCUCUUAUACUACUACUACUACUACUACUACUCAAGCCCAUCCCCAUUCAAUUACUUUUACAUGGUUUGAUUUUCGUUUCACUGCGUUAUGGAAUACUUUUCGUUUUUAUCUCUUAUGCUAUUGUUAAUUACUUUGUUUUGAACUCACGAGCCCAUGGAUUGGACGUUUUCUCGUUAUUAUCAUCCCUCUCCUUAGAGUAGAGGAAUUUUCAUCCUUAGCACAAUGAUUGUUAUUUGGUUAGUUUUUUCCUUUGUAGUUUUUUUUAAUUCAUCAUCCUUUUUUCAUUAUUUUGAUCUGCAAGCAGCGUGAAGUACUUCGCACUACUUUGCUCACAAUUUUUUGACUGCAAGGUGUAUAAAGUCUGUGGCACUCCCUCUUAUUUUUUUUUCUUUGCCAAGAUAACUAACAUUAUUGCUGCUGUUCUUGCAAAGUUUUAUCAGUCAGUGCUGCUUUUUUUGUUUUUGUUCGGAGGCGGACAUUAAGAACAGCAGCAAUAGCAAUAGAGCAAUCGUUCAAAAAAAGGGUGGGGACUCAAAUAUUACUAUUUAAAAAUGGGGGUGUUUUUUUCUUUUGUGUUUAUCUGUUUUAUGUUGCAUCCCCUAAAGAAAAACUCGCUUCGUAAGAAACAACUUCACGUUAAAUAUUGCAUGUAAACACAUCCCCCAUGAUGAGAGUGGUGGGUGCACUGCAGCGCAUAUCCCGAAAUGAAUGGGGAGUUUUUCUGUUUAUUUGGUAAACUGUUUUAACUUUGUUUACACAUAAUUCAAUGCAUGUUUCUUUGUUAACUGUUGCAAGACGCCUGAAAAGAGAGUGGGAUGCAAGUUUAUUUUCUCGACCAAUAUUCUCACUGGUAUACUUUUAAAGUGUGAAGCGACAGUACCACCUUGAAAACAGUACUUUAUACACCGUAAUCGUAAUUAAACAACCUUCUUAUUCGUUUGAUUCCUCUUUUUUUUUUGUUAGUUAGUUUGUUUAAUUGCAUAUAAAAAUAGUGAAUUUGUGCACUUAGCAGGAUACAGCAAAAAAAAGUAUCGUUUUAUGUUCAUUGAUGAAAUUGAGGAAAAAGUAGAUUUUCCCACUACAAUGUAAUUGUAAUUUGGGUUUGAAUAUUGCUCCCAUUAUCUUUUUGUGUUCCUUUUUGGUUUGUUAAUCUUAAUUUUCGUUUUUUUCUUUAUUUCUACAAUGUAUAAGUUAUACAGCAAUUGGCUUUGAUCAGUUCAAAAAAAUGAAAUACGCGCAUUUGUUACACAGUGCAGCAGUUAGUUCAGGAAACUUUCGUACGCAACCCAGGUGUGUGUGUGUGUCAUCUCCCGUUUAGAAUGUAGAAGAAAACAAAAAAAACAGCUCAGCGAACUUAAAGCAAACGCUCAUAGCUCUUAAGUAUGUUUGAUUGUUUUUUGUAGAAACCUUUUCUGUUUUCCUUCGCAAAUGUUCUCCUUUGCGUAUUGGUAGAUCGGUAUCAAGCACCUGGAAAGAGCGAGCUAGGCAAUGAUAGGCAAUGAAAGAGAGAGAGAGAGGAAAAUCGUGUUUCAUGCACCGGGAAGUUAGCUGUGUUUGAUGUAUCAAGAAGAAGUAUCAGCGCGUUUGUGUCGAUGUGUAAAACCCCGUACUUAUCCCGUACCUUGCUUGUCGUUAUGUCAAUGGUAGUGCGCCGGAAGCGGCGCGUACACACAAGAACAAGGUGCUGUUGCCGAUGUCACUUCCUGAGCCCGUUCCGAGGGUACAACCACGGAAAAACCAAAUCAAACCGCGCGUAUAUAGGGAGAAAAACAGGAAAAAGGAAAAAAAGGGACGCGCGCUGGGCUGGGUACAUUCUCUGUGCUUACGUCUCGAUGUGUGCGAGCGAGCGAGCGAACGAACACACUAAUAUGUUGUGUGUGUGUGUUUUUUGGCGUAUUACAUGUAUAACUAUUUAUGUACAAUCGAAUUAAAUGUCAUUUAUUCAUUCAGCAGUUCUGUUUUUUUUAUUGCUGUGGGGCAACAGCAACAGCUGUGUACCGCUCUGUACAUUCUCGCCCACCGCCCGUUAUUGCAAGCCUGCAAGAUCGAUCACAGCCGGCCAGGGGGUGUGUGUGUGUGUGUGUCGGGGCUGCUGCACCAAUGCGAAAAACCCUUGGCACGCGCGCGCUCUCUGUUGGUGGACACACAUGCUUGAUAAUUAUUAUAAUUUCAAAUUACAGGCGUAAUUAGAUAAAUUGAUAGGGAAGUUCGCUUCGGUUCGAUUUGUGUGAGUGUGGGGGGUCAGAUAACCACAAAUGACAUCCCGGCCCCGGUCGACCACUUGGACGCUGCUGCCACAUUGGUAUUAAUCAGCUAGCGCGGCGGCAGCGUACGGUUUUAGCUCAUAUUUCAAAACACCCUUUCGCGCUGUUGACCUCGGCGGCACGGGCGUUGGUUUGUGGCAUUGGUUCCGGUGAAAGAAGCACACAAACACACACACACACACAACCACACACCUGACCCCCUACCAAGUGGGUGGUGGGUGGAAGCGUUUGAAUUUGUAUGGCGGCUCCCGUGUGCACACAACUAGUUUAUGUGGCACGUCAUUUGAUCUCUGAUCUAUAAUCAUUUGCCAGAAGGAUAUCCAUAUUCAUUGGCUUUCCCCUGCCCCAUUCCCUGCCAUCGUAGCGCUGUGAGCUACAAAAGGACGUGAAGGACAGGUGUGAGGUUUGCGGCCGUCCGGGGCAAAUCCGGAACAAAAUACAUCCGCGGCGAAAUUCUCUCUCUCUGUAAUUAGUUCGCGUUGGGUGUCAAGCCACCACCGGUGUGGUUUGACGGUGUGUGUGUGUGUGUGUGUGUGGGAGGCAGAUUGAGAGAAAGGGAUCGCACACACACACAUCCGGUUGGCGGAUCAAUUUUCAUUAGCGUGGAAUUAGCGCAAUAUGAGUAAUGGCAACACACACACACACACACACCCGGCUACGGUUGGUGUGGUUUUGUUUUGUUUGGAGGCACUCAGUGUGUUUGUGUGUGUGUAUGUUGGACCGGUGGCUAGUGUUAAUAUCGUGGUUUUACUUCCCUCUGUGCGAGAGAGAGGAAAUAAUAUCCUUGGUUGCGCUUGUUCACUGCAUCCAUCUUGAACAGGUUCGAAGGCAACAAGGCAAGCGGUUUCAGCAUGUAGGAUAGCGUGAGGUCAAAUCAGGUUGACAAAGGAGACACGUGUGUACCGUGGAAAACAAUGCGCCAAUGAGAAGCGGCAGGUAGAAGAGAAGAUGGAGGUCAGUUGCACACGGUGCACAUAUGCCCAGUACCUCCGACGACAACCGCCAAUAUUGUGUGUCAUCAAUAGCUGUAAUAAUGUUGGCAUUGAGGUGUGAAUGUGAGCGAAAGCGUGUGCACCGUCCGAUAGUUACUUCUAAUUUAAACCCCAUUGAUUAUGAUUAAUUAUUUAAUUAUGUAAAUCCGACAAGGUACGCUCGCGCGCGGUGUACGUGUAAGCCAACACUUGCAGUGUGCAGUGUGGAUAAGGAAGGCCAAGUACCAAGGUGAUGAUGAGUGUAGGCGAAUUACUAACCUUCCAUCUGCACGAAGCGGCCCGCAAGCUUCCGGGGCAAGUUGCGGUUGAUUAGGUGUUAAGUUUUGGCAUCACAUUCAAUUAACCGCCAGCCCCAGGCCACGCGAGAGCAUGUCCUUGUGGAAUGCUGGGGAAAUUUGAUCCCAUUUGUGCUUCUAGUUGCUCUAAACAUGCGGACACAAAUUAGUGACGCUUGUUUUUGGGUGUUUUUGUCACGAAAUGCUCUUUCAUUUCGAUUUUUUCAGAGAAUGCUCUUUAAAUUACGCCUUUUUAAGAACAGCUCAAUGCCGCGUCCGUCCGGUUUGGAUAAGUGUAGUGAUCGUGCUAUCCUGUUUGUGUGCGAAACCCGGUUUUAUUGGUUCAUGAGUGAACAAACGCAAACGGGGCUAGAAAUGUACGGCUUGCAA